AUGCCAGGCAAUGGGAGUUCCGAGGCGGGAUGCAGCAAGACAGCAACAGGCAGCUACUCCAACACCACCUGUGGCCAGACGGAGCUGUCCGUCACCGCCUCCGUCAUUUCCAUGACCGUGGGCAUCUUCUCCAACAUCCUGGCUCUCUGCAUCCUGGUCAACGCCUACCGUCGCUUCCGCCUCAAGACGAAGGCCUCCUUCCUGCUGUUCGCCAGCGGCCUGGUGGGCACCGAUCUCCUGGGCCACCUCAUUAACGGCUCCCUGGUGCUAUAUGUCUACGCUUGUAACAAGGAGUGGGAAGCCUUUGACCCACACCACAUCCUGUGCAGUCUCUUCGGGGUGUCCAUGGUGUUUUUCGGUCUGAGCCCCCUGCUCCUGGGUAGCCUAAUGGCGGUGGAACGCUGCAUUGGUGUCACCAGGCCCCUGUUCCACUCCACAGCCCUUGCCGCCCACCACAUGAAGAGGCUGCUGGGGCUGACCUGGCUGUUAGCUGCCCUGGUGGCUCUGCUACCUGUGCUGCUGUGGAGGCCCUACCAGGUGCAGCGCUCCCAGAGCUGGUGUUUCUUCCGCAUGGAGGGGCCCCGCAACUGGCUGGACGUGGUGCUCCCGCUGAUCUUCUCUACACUGGGCCUCCUGGCUCUGCUGGUGUCCAUUGUGUGCAACACACUGACCAGCUGCACCCUACUGCAGUCCAAGCUGCGCUGCCACCGCCAAUGUCGCCGCAAGGACACCUCCCACCACUUUGAGAUGAUCUGCCAGCUCAUGACCAUCAUGCUUGUGUCCUGUGUGUGCUGGGGCCCUUUAUUGGUUAACGUCAUCAUACUGAGCACCCAGGUCCAGGGCGAGCGUGCGUUUGCCCGCCUGCUGCUGGCAGUCCGCAUGGCCACCUGGAACCAGAUCCUGGACCCCUGGGUCUACAUCCUCCUGAGGAAGGCCAUCCUCAAGAGGCUCUUCCUGCUGGUGCACAGCUGCUGGUGCAUCAAGUCCCACUCCCACCCCCUCAACCGGUGGAAGUGCAGCCCAGUGAAAGGCUCUGGGGAGACCAGCGGCAGCUCCAUCAGCACUAAACCAGAAUUCUUCUGUUUGGAUGGAAGUGUUGGAGGCCUACCAGACACAAUAAUUAAGCCCAUCACCUGA